UGUGUGUGUGUGUGUGUGUGUGUGUGUAUGUGUGUGUGUGAGAGAGAGAGAGAGAGAGAGAGAGAGAGAGCAAGGGCCAGCAAUUUUGCUGGGGAGUCGAUAAUCAGUUUGCUUGCAUGAGAGGAUGCAUUCGUCAACAUCCGGGACCUUUGGAUCAGAGUUUGAGUGCGGGAGGGCCACAUACAUAAGUUCCCUUGGGCAAGGAACUAACAUACACUUGCCUCUCUCUUCGGAGUGUCAGUUCUGUCCAGCAAGUUUGAAGCAUGAAGUAUGAAGUAUGAAGUACAGCAAGUAUGACGUACCUAGUGACAUGAUAGUGUGACUGCUGAAAGUGUAGAGUAUAGCAAGUAUAGUCAUUGCAUUAUCGAACCUGGGCCCUAAGGGUCCUUGUAAAAAUGUAUGUAUGUACGUAUGUAUGUAUGUAUGUAUGUAUGUAAGUAUGUAUGUAUGUAAGUAUGCAUGUAUGUAUGUAUAACACGCAUACGUAGGCGGAAAAUCAAAUGAGAUUUGUCGAAAUCUCAUUCGAUUUCGUAAUCACAAACAAGAUUUGUCGAAAUCGACAACUCAGUCCAUCAUGUAUAACACGCGUUCGUAGGCGUAAAAUACAAUAUCCUGACUUUAGUUCUGGACAAGAAGAAACGAAACUUCGUAAUCGUUGUCAAAAGUUAAAGGAUGACUAUAGCGACCUGAAGACAAGAAACGAAUAUCUCGAGGCUUCAAAUACUGAGCAUAAAGAUAGGAUACAGGGUCUCGAGAUUAAUGUGCAACGCGAGAAAAGUAGCCGGUCUAAAGCCGAACAGGAGAAUGUGCAACUUCUUGUUCGUCUACAAAAGUUGGAAGCUGAAAUAACUUUAAUAAACAGCUACCUGAAAAAGAAACACAUGGGUCAUUGGCAGUGGGAAGACGAGCAUCAUCGUUGGCGCAGUUUUGACAAUUCUACAGCAUUUCAGCUAGAAAGGGCCUAUGUCGAACGAACUGCAACAAUCAAACGACUGUUUGAGGGCGCAAGUUGUUACAAAUUUGAUCUAAACGAAAUGCAUCAAAAGAAUGUAAUAACACGAAAAGUGCGAAAGAUAAAGAGAGAGAUGUCCGUUUUGGAUUAUCAAAGCUCUCCCGACGUUUGUCUUGCUCCAGUAGUUAUAGAUAGUGAUGAGUACAACGAAGUCGAGCCGUUGUUUUACAAAACCAUGCCACGUUACUCCUUCAAAAUCAUUGAAAUUCAGCGAGUUCAGAGUUGCCGUCUCUGGAUCAAGUAUCAACUUGCAAAAGAUAGACUAAAAAUAAAGAACGAAGAUGAAGAAGUUAACGAAAAACUCUUGUUUCACGGCACAAGGAGGACAAAACCUUCGCAAAUUUACACAUGGCCCAACGGAUUUGAUUUAGCCUACGCUCGUCCAAGAUUGUGGGGUAAAGCAAUCUAUUUCGCUGAAAAUGCUUCAUAUUCAAAGGACUACUCGUAUGAAAUACCUAACUCUUACAACCACAGACAGAUGUUUCUAGCAAAGGUCUUAACUGGUGUUUGUUGCAACAAUGCGCCGCAAGAUUCAAGACGAACGAAGCCCGAGGUUCAUGGCAGAAUGUAUGAUUCGUUAAGUGGCAUGGCAAAUGGGUCAAGAGUUUAUGCCAUCUUCGAUAACUUGCAUUCAUACCCGUAUUAUUUGAUUACUUACUCUCCCACUGUACCUGGUCUUUAAAACUCACCGAGACAGCUAGCUAAACUUAUGUGUUUAUGCAAAACAUUUAUGCAGUAUUUGCAGUGACUUAGCAUUUGCUAAAUUUUUUAUGCAAAAAUCUCUGUGUGUGAAGCUUAUGCAAUAUAUGAAUGAUUAUACAUUUGAAAUAUGAUUUUUUUUCUUAU